AUGGGAACCGGGUCCGAGUUCGACCUGAGGUCAUUUCCUGGACACACUACCUGGUCCCACUCUUGUGUCUGGUGUGUCAGUUCGGUCAGUCUGAUGCACCCUACGUCGGUGGAGGGCGUGGCCGACAUGAUCCGCCUGGGAGACCUCAACGAGGCAGGCCUGCUGCGGAACCUGCAGCUGAGGCACAAGCAAGGCUUCAUAUACACGUACAUAGGCUCUGUGCUGGUGGCCGUAAACCCGUAUGAGCUGCUGCCCAUCUACACGGCGGAGCAGGUGCACCGUUACCAUGGACGUCAGCUGGGGGAGUUACCCCCCCACGUCUUCGCCAUCGCCGACAGCUGCUACUUCAACAUGCGCCGAAACCGCCUCAACCAGUGCUGCAUCAUCAGUGGGGAGUCUGGUGCAGGUAAAACGGAGAGCACUAAGCUGAUGCUGCAGUUCCUGGCGGCUGUGAGUGGACAACACUCCUGGAUAGAGCAGCAGAUCCUCGAGGCCAACCCCAUCCUGGAGGCUUUUGGUAACGCCAAAACCAUCCGUAACGACAACUCCAGCCGCUUUGGGAAGUACAUCGAGAUCUUCUUCAACAAGAAAGGGGUGAUCGAGGGAGCUCACAUGGAACAAUACCUGCUGGAGAAGUCUCGAGUCUGUCACCAGGCGUCAAACGAGAGGAAUUACCACAUCUUCUACUGUCUUUUGCUCGGGCUUCCCAAGGAACAGAAGAAAAUUCUCUCCCUGGGCAAGGCAGAGGACUACAAGUACCUGCAAGAAAGCGGUUGUAUCAGCUGUGAGGGCAGAGAUGACGCUUCUGACUACACACGCAUCCGCUCCGCACUGAAGAUCCUCACCUUUGGGGACCGAGAGUGCUGGGACAUCUUUAAAAUGCUCGCCGCUAUCCUUCACAUGGGCAACAUAGACUUCCAAGGCUCUGUCAUGGAAAACAUGGACAGCAGUAGUAUCUCAGCCUCUAACCACUACACCAUGUCUGCCAAGCUACUGGAGGUGGACAAUGCCACUCUGGACGUCAGUCUUACCAGACGAACAUUUUCAACCAAUCGGGAGCGAGUUUCUAAAUCUCUGAGUUCUGAUCAAGCCAGAGACACAAGAGACGCCUUUGCCAAGGCCAUCUACUCCAAGAUGUUCCUGUGGCUGUUUGAGAAGAUUAACGUGGCCAUUCACAAAGUCCCAAGCAAGGGCACGGGCACGGGCUACCAGUCCAUCGGCCUCCUGGACAUCUUCGGCUUUGAGAACUUCGUCUCCAACAGCUUUGAGCAGUUGUGCAUCAACUACGCUAACGAGCAGCUGCAGCAGUUCUUCGUGCGGCACGUCUUCAAGCUGGAGCAGGAGGAGUACACGCUGGAGGACAUCUCCUGGCAGCGCAUCAUCUUCACCGACAACCAGCCCGCGCUGGACCUGCUGGCGCUCAAGCCAAUGAACAUCCUGUCCCUCAUCGACGAGGAGAGCCACUUCCCCAAGGGCACAGACAUCACCAUGCUGACCAAGAUGAACAAGGUGCACAAGCAAAGCAAGACCUACAUCGCCGCCAAGAGUGACCACGAGUUCUACUUUGGCAUCCAGCACUUUGCAGGAGCGGUGUACUAUGACCCCACCGGGUUUCUGGAGAAGAACAGAGAUGCUCUCAGCUCUGACCUGAUGAGUCUGGUCCAGAAGUCCAGCAAUAAACUGCUGCACCUGCUCUUUGAGAAGGAGCUCAACCAAGUGAAUGAAGCUCAUAGAGGGAAGACCACGCUGAGCUCUCAGUACCGCCAGUCUCUGGACACUCUGAUGAAAGCGCUGUCCGUCUGUCAGCCACACUUCAUACGCUGCUUUAAGCCCAACCACACUAAAGCAGCCAAGGUGUUUGAUCGUGAGCUGUGUAUGCGUCAGCUGCGUGACUCUGGGAUGUUGGAGACGAUUCGGAUCAGGAAGUCGGGGUACCCCAUCAGACACACCUUCAGAGAGUUCCUGGGCCGCUACAGAGUUCUACUCAAUACCACCCACUGUGACCCACAUACUUUGUUCCUGGGGGUGACGCGUCUGCAGGCGUGUGUGCGCGGGCGUCACGAUCGUCAGCAGUACGAGCGCAGACGGGCCGCAGCCGUGACGCUGCAGACGCAGACGAGAGGCCUCCUGUGCAGACGCAGCUACACGCGCCAGAAACAGGCCGCCAUCCUGCUGCAGAGACACAUCAGAGGAGCCCUCGCCAGGAAGACCGCACACAGACUCAGAACAGACGCGUUCCUGUCAGAACAGGAGCGUUUGGCGCGGGAGCAAACUGCUCUCGAGCUGCAGCGCCGCCUCCAAGACGUUCUUGACCAAUCACAAGCCGCCAGUUCCAAGCCUGAGCCAAUCAGUGAGCAGAAGCUGGUCAAGGCCGCGUUCGACUUCCUCCCGGAGAAGAAACAUGAAGUAGAGACAGAGGAGGAGGAGGAGGAAGAGGAGGAGGGGGGAUUGCCCAUGCUGGUGUCAGUGUCCCAGAUCAGGGAGCGCGUAGAGGAGCCAGCGCCCGGAGAAGAGAGGGAUGAGACGGAGCAGCGGAGGAGUGUGAAGAGGGGAGUGGAGCGGCAGAAGAGUGUGAAGAGAGAGGAGGCGGUCGCCGCGGAGACGGUGAUUGUGAGCUACGCGGCGCGCACGCUGACGGAACCGGGCGAGGAGGAGGACGGCAGGGAGGAGUUCUCGUUCUCUCGGUUCUGCGCGCAGUACUUCCAGAGCCCCGCCACCGACUCACACAGCCCGCUGAGGCUCCGCAAACCUCUACUGCUGCAGGAGGACGAAGGAGACGCACUGGCGUGUGUGAGUGUGUGGUGGAUCAUCUUGCGGUUCAUGGGAGAUCUGCCGGAGCCCAAGGCCAUCGUCAGCAUCUCCCCCACGAACUCACAGCCCAACCUGGGCAGGAGGCAGGACCGCCGCCUCAGCAGCCUGGUGGGCCUGGACCAGCCCGAUGGCCCCUCCACCUCAGCUGGUAACGACAUCAUGAUUGGAGAAGGACCAACCCUCCACCGGACCAUGACAUCACUGGAGAAGCUGCACAUCAUUGUUGGCUACGCCCUCUCAAGGCCUGGCAUCAGAGACGAGAUCUUUUGUCAGAUCUGCAAGCAGUUGACGGGAAACAGGAAUGAGCUGUGUCGUAAGAGAGGCUGGAUCCUCAUGGCGAUAUGUCUCGGCAUCUUCCCCCCUACCGACCUCUUCAUGAGGUACCUGAGGAACUUUGUGCGCCAAGGUCCUCCUGAGUAUUCCUCCUACUGCAUGGAACGCCUGCGGAGGACUCUGACCAAUGGGGCGCGAGGAGAGCCGGCCUGCUGGGUGGAGCUAGAGGCAUGCCGCAGCAAGAAGCCCGUGCAGGUAAAGGUGUCUCUACCAGAUGGGCGGAGCCUAAAGCUGCAGGUGGACUCGGCCAGCACCUCAGGCGAGAUAUGCAGCUGCAUCGCCAAGGAAACUGGUAUCCGCGACGACUUCGGCUUCUCCCUCUACAUUGCCAUGCAUGACAAGAUGUGGUCCCUGGGCAGUAAGGGCCUGCACCUGAUGGACUCGGUAUUCCAGUGUGAGCAGGAGGUGCGUCGUCAGGGCGAUGCGGAGGAGAGCGCCCCCUGGAGGCUGAGCUUCCGUAAGGAGCUCUUCCCCCCCUGGCCCCACCCCCUCGACCCCGCCGCCACCGACCUCACCUACAGCCAGGUCAUCAGCAGCCUGCAGUCCGGAGAGUACCAGUCCGACAAGUGGCGUCACCAGCCGAUUUUACCGGGGCUUCAGCCCGGGGUAAUUCGAGCCGAACCCGGGGAGGAUGACUUUGUCCAGCUGGCUGCGAUGCACUACUUUGUGCGGUUUGGCUCGGACAGCAGCACUGAGAAGACCAAACAGGUGGUGAGAGAGUGCAUCAACACCAACCUCAUAGAGAGCAAGUCGGAGCCCAGGUGGAUACAGAUGGUGACCGCUGCUCAUACACAGGGUAGAUACAUCAAAUCUCAGAAAAGCACUACAGCCGUGAAACAGGAGUUGUUGGACUACACCAGACGGACCUGGCCGAUGUUCUUCUCACGGUUCUUCGAGGUCACCUACAAAACAGGUGCUUUUGAGGAAGACUCAAGUACAGUGAUUUCGAUGUCCACUCUGAGGGGAGACAUCACCAUGGUUGCAGAGAAGGGGGUGGAGUUUGUUGAAAUGGUGGGCGGGUUUCUGGACGGUCUGAAACAGCGCUCAACCUGUGGAGUCGCCCUGCAGGAAGCUUAUAAGCAAGACAACCCCAUGUACCUGGAUUAUCGCCGUGGUGACAUCCUCCUCCUCCACCGAGAUGACGAGUUCUCCCAAGAGAGCGGCUGGAUGAGCGCCACCAACGAGAGGACGGGCCAGAGAGCCGCCAUCUCCACCGACGCCAUCAUGUUCCUGCCCACCAUGAGCCGGCCCACGGACGACACGCUGAACCUGUUGAAUCUGAACCCAGCGCAGAAGAAGUCAAAAGAUGAGCUUCCCACGGACAGAGUCACCCUGAUCAACCUCAAAGAGUUCUCCUUUGAGCAUUUCAGUCUACAGCACCUGGAGGCCAAAGACAGCUAUGCAAAGGUUCUCUUUACAGAUUACAGCUCUGCCUUGAACACAGUUGUACCCAGCAGACUACCCUUGCAUACUGCUGUGUGCUCUUUAACAUUUGCUCCACCCAUCAUGAAGUACAUGGGGGAUUACCCAGUCAAACACGUCCGCAGCCCUCUGGAGCUGACCAAUCAGAUCUUUGGCCCGCCCACCCAGCAUCCUGAGCUCAGAGAUGAGAUAUACUGCCAGAUCAUGAAGCAGCUGACCAAUAACAACAACGGUAUGAGUCUGGAGCGAGGCUGGCAGCUGCUGUGGUUGUGUUGUGGGCUGUUCCCGCCCAGUGACUCUCUGCUCAAGCACACCCAGCGCUUCAUUGAGUCCCGGCCCAGAGAGCCGCUCUCAGCCCCCAGCCUGCAGAGACUGCGUGGCAUGCUGAGUCUGACUCCUAGGUUGCUGCCUCCUCAUCAAGUAGAGGUUGAUGCCAUUCUGCAGAACAGCACACAACUCUACCAUAAAGUUCACUUUCCCAACGAUUCAACUGAGAUCUUUGAGGUGACCGCCACUACUAAGAUCUGUGAUCUGUGUCGACAAAUAGCUUCCCACCUGAGGCUCAACUCUGGCGACGGCUACAGCCUGUUUGUGAAGACCACCAGCAAGGUGUUGAGUUUAGAUGAUCAGCAGUACUUCUUUGAUAACCUGCGUCAGACGACUGACCAACCAACCAAGAAUAAAAAAGAGAAGAAGUCAAAAGAGGGACUGCAGCUCAUUACUCCUUACCUGGUGCUCUUCAUGCGUAAGCUCUGGUUCAAUGUGGUGCCGGGGAAAGAUGUCACCGCCGAUGUCAUCUUCCACUUCCCUCAGGAGAGGCCAAAGUAUCUGCGUGGCUACCACAACUGCAGCCGUGAGGACGUGGUGACGCUGGCCGGCCUGCUGUUCCGGGUCAAGGUGGACUCGGACCGCUCGCAGUUCGUCAUGAUCCCGCGCAUGCUCAAGGAGCUGCUGCCCGACGACCAGAUCAAGCUCAUGUCACCUGACGACUGGAAGAAGAACAUCAUCUCCUCCUAUAAUAAGCAAGCUGGAAUCUCGGUAGAAGAGGCCAAAGUCAGCUUCCUCAGACACAUUUCUGCCUGGCCAACCUUUGGGUGUGUCUUCUUCGAAGUCAAGCAAACUUCUGACCGCAGCCUCCCCAGUAUCAUCAGGAUCGCCAUCAGCAAGCAGGGAGUCAGCAUCAUCAACCCCAAGAACAAGGAGCAGCUGACUAUGCAUCCCUUCAGUCAGAUCACUAACUGGUCGAGCGGCAGCACCUACUUCCACAUGACGCUCGGCAACCUGGUCAAGGGGAACACACUCCUGUGUGAGACGUCUAUGGGCUACAAAAUUGAAGACCUUCUUAGCUCUUAUGUGGAGCAGCUACUCUGCCCUGUUAUAACGCGGUUGGUCCUGACUGCUCCUCUACUGUGUGGACUAAUAACACUGGAACUCCACAGCUUCUUUGCUUCUUCCAGAGAGACUGAGAUGAAGGCAGGCAGUAACGUGACUCUCCACUGCACCCUGUACCCCUCUGAUUGGUGCCACACACAUGCUCAUAAUUACGAACUCCAUCUUAGUGUGCUGGAUGAGGAGGGGAAAGAGCUGAGGAACAGCAGAGGUGACCAAAUGCCCUGUAAGAUCACCGUGGAGCUCAGAGAUCCAAACCCUGUUCACGCUCAGAAGACUUGGAGAUGCCAGCUGACUGCACGAGGGCACGUUCGGUCCUCUGCCUCCUACACCAUCAGAGUUAAAGAGUUAAAGGUCAGUGGUGAUGAGGGCACGUUCGGUCCUCUGCCUCCUACACCAUCAGAGUUAAAGGUCAGUGGUGAUGAGGGCACGUUCGGUCCUCUGCCUCCUACACCAUCAGAGUUAAAGGUCAGUGGUAAUGAGGGCACGUUCGGUCCUCUGCCUCCUACACCAUCAGAGUUAAAGGUUAGUGGUAAUGAGGGCACGUUCGGUCCUCUGCCUCCUACACCAUCAGAGUUAAAGGUCAGUGGUGAUGAGGGCACGUUCGGUCCUCUGCCUCCUACACCAUCAGAGUUAAAGGUCAGUGGUGAUGAGGGCACGUUCGGUCCUCUGCCUCCUACACCAUCAGAGUUAAAGGUCAGUGGUGAUGAGGGCACGUUCGGUCCUCUGCCUCCUACACCAUCAGAGUUAAAGGUCAGUGGUGAUGAGGGCACGUUCGGUCCUCUGCCUCCUACACCAUCAGAGUUAAAGGUCAGUGGUAAUGAGGGCACGUUCGGUCCUCUGCCUCCUACACCAUCAGAGUUAAAGGUCAUUAGUAAUGAGGGCACGUUCGGUCCUCUGCCUCCUACAUCAGAGUUAAAGGUCAGUGGUGAUGAGGGCACGUUCGGUCCUCUGCCUCCUACACCAUCAGAGUUAAAGGUCAGUGGUGAUGAGGGCACGUUCGGUCCUCUGCCUCCUACACCAUCAGAGUUAAAGGUCAGUGGUGAUGAGGGCACGUUCGGUCCUCUGCCUCCUACACCAUCAGAGUUAAAGGUCAGUGGUGAUGAGGGCACGUUCGGUCCUCUGCCUCCUACACCUUCAGAGUUAAAGGGAUAG